UUCCAGUCCACUUACCAUCAAGGGGAGUGGGGUCAUAUUGCCGUGCAGGCAAAAAAAAAUAUCGUGGAAUAAACUACUGAUUGUGAAACAUCGUGUAGGUAUACAAAAUAUUCAUUAGUUCCCAAUAUAUAUUUUUAAGUACCUAUUUAAACCCGUGAACACCGCUGCAGGCUAUCUUAUCAGCCGGUACACGGGUAGUUGUUGAUGCGUUGCUAGAUUUUUAAUUAGAGAAAGGCUAGUAUAUAGUUUAUGUAUAUCUCGUUUCUUGGAAUACUUAUUUAUUUCCCUCGUGUGAUAUCACAGAGGGCGAACGUUAAGCGCUUCAUCAUAUCGCACCCUGGACAAUCGAGGGUCUUUCAAAUCUGUGUAUUGAAUAAGGGAGCUCAGGGCUCCGAGAGUCUUUAUAAGCACGCGCACCGCUGCCGGCGCCAGUAGUCAGCACCCGCGCACACUCGCGCUCGGAGCAAGCGCAUGCGAACACGCACAUCACUUGCCCACAUGCUCUUAUCGCGCCUCUUAUCAAACUGUGAACAUAAUAUGUAAAUAAUCUUAAAGUUUAUCGUGCCGGGUACGAAAGCUCAGAAGAAUUUGCAAACUCCAUUAAUAAAUUAAAUCACAAAUUUACAUUAAAACAAAGAAAAAUAAUCUGUUUCUUGUUAUUAUUUGGGAAGAACUGAUUACAUAAACUUUAUAUAUUAAGUACAUAACAGAUUUUCUAAGAAAACGAAAUUAAAUAAUAAUUAUUAAUUCGCAAAAAAAAAUAUUGUGGGUUUUCACACUAUAUUAAUUCCCAAAAAAGACAAGUCAGAAAAUCGUCACUUCCUACCAAAUAGCUGUGCGGCGUCUGUAACAACUAGUUCAGGUCACCUGUACCGUGUCGUAUAAGUGUUGACAUCUCGUGAGCGUCGCUGCGGUGCGAUGACAGUGGCGGCGCCGGCGCUGUCGGUGGCGUCGUGGUCGGCGAUGCGCACAGCGCACAUGCGCGCGCGCCGCUACUGCAUUCAGGCGGCUGUAGUGCUACUCAUAAAUGUGCCGACUGUGUCUUCGGGUCUCUCGCUGGGCUGGGUGUCGCUGGCGAGCGGGGAGAGCGGGGAGAACGGGGAAGGUGCGGGGAGCGAGGUGGUGGUGGGCGCGGCGAUCACAUUCCUGGCGUCGUUGCUCGGCGUGCCGCUCAGCGCGCGCGCACUCGCUGCUGGCAGGAAGGUAGCCGUCAUCGGGACUUCCGUCGCCUUUCUCGUGUGCUGGGCGCUGACGCUCUGCGGCGGUGGGUGGUGGAUAGUGGUAGCGCGCGCGGCCGCGGGGAUCGGCGGCGCCGGCGCGUGGGCAGUCGCGCCACUGCUCGCGCAGGAGAUGUGCGAGGCGUCGGUGCGCGGUGCGGCGGUGGCGGCGCUGGUCGUAGCCCACAACCUCGGCUUCCUGCUCAUGUACGUGGCCGCGGCCGCUGGCCUGCACCACAGAACAGUGGUGUGGUGUUGCGCAGCGCUGUCGGCGGCUCACUGCUUCGUGUUCCUCUUGGUGCCUGAGUCGCCCGCCUUUCUUGCCGCCAAUGGAAGCACUGAAGAGGCGCGCACGUCUCUCGCGUGGCUGCGCGGCGAGCCCCGCGACAGCGCCGCGCUGGACGCGGAGCUGGCGGCGCUGCCGCUACCCGCCCCGCCCGUGCAGUCACCGUUCCAGCUCGCCAAGGACAUGCUCCGUGACCGGUGCCGUCGGCGCGCGUUCAUCAUCGCAGCGGUGUGCGUGGUGGGCCAGGAGAUGUGCGGCGUACUGACGCUGCUGCAGUUCGCAGAGCGCGUGUUCGUGCUGGCGCGCGACGGGGACGGGCUCGCUGACACACCGCCCACCACACCGGUGCCCGAGGCCGGGGGAGUGGCGGGAGCGCUCGCGUCGCCGGCGGGGCACGCCGUGCUGCUCGGCGCGGUGCAACUCGUUGCCUCCACUUUCGCGCUCUAUCUCGUCGAGAAAGUUGGACGUAGGCGGCUGCUGGUUUGGGCGGCGGUAGUGACAGGCGCGGCGCUGGCGGCAGGCGCGGGUGCGGCGCGGUGGGGCGCGGGCGGUGCGGUGGUGGGCGCGGCGCUGGCGGUCGCUGUGGCUGCGGACUCUGUCGGCCUGCAGCUCGCGCCAUACGCGCUGCUUGCGGACCUCUUCGACUAUCAGGUGACGGCGCACCCGUGGGCCAUAUGGCCACUACUUAUAUUUUAUCGCGGGUGCGCGACGGCGCUGGUGACAGCGGGCGGAUGCGUGGCGAAUGCGUUGGAGGUGGUGGGGUUCGCCUGGGUGACGUCGGUGGCGGGGCUGGCGCCGGCGCUGCUGGCGGGCGCUGCCCGAGACGCGCGCGCGCCGCCUGUCGGCCGUUACAGAGUAACGCAGUACCUUAAGCGUACUUUAGUUGAAAGCAUCUUAUAUGAACAUUCCAUCGCUGAGUGUGUUACCGUGUUCGUCACAUUGUGCGAUGUGAAUCCAGUGUCUGCGCUAGAGUUGCGACUCCCAUACACAGCCAACUCUACACCGAUCAAUAAAACUCAACAUCACUUUGUCGAUCUGGGAUUCGAAUCCAAGAACAUAGAGCUGUUGAGGUGGAGCGCGAUGGGUCUGCUGGACAAGCUGUCGGCGUGGCUGGGCGGCGGGCGCGCCGAGCUGACCGUGCUGGUGCUGGGGCUCGACAACAGCGGCAAGAGCACCAUGCUCAACGCGCUGCGCCCGCCCGAGCUGCGCGCGCAACACGUCAUGCCCACCGUCUCGCACCAGCAGGACCGGUUCCAGAGCGGCGGCGUGUCAUUCAGCGCGUGGGACGUGUCGGGCGCGCCGCGACACCGCGCGCUGUGGGAGCGCCAUUACCGCGCUGCGCAUGCCGUCAUCUUCGUUGUCGACGCCGCUGACCACUUGCGGCUCGUGGUGGCGCGCGAGGAGCUGGAGCUGAUGCUGGCUCACCCGGACAUGUUCGGUCGUCGCGCGCCGCUGCUCGUGUUCGCGAACAAGAGCGACGCGCCGCACGCGCUCGCGCCCAUGCACGUCGCUGCCGCCCUGGGCCUGGAGAAGAUCAGCGACCGUCCGUGGCACGUGUGUGCGUCGAGCGCGCUGUCUGGCGCCGGGCUGGCGGACGGCGUGGCCUGGCUCGCCGCGCAGCUGCGGGACGCGCAUGUACCCAAGCGGAACUAGACACCAGCCACCGCACAAGGAGACCUAUACCAUCACUACCAAUAAGGAUAAUGACAAGUCUAUGACUGACGAUGGUUGUUUUAUAACAAAAAAAUACUGUCAAAUUAAAAAAAAAAUCGUAUUUCGACGAUGUUUCGAAGACUUUGCGUGCAUCGUGGUGGUUCGUCGGGAGAAAACUAAAACAUUAAAACCGCGAUAAAAUCCGAAAAAUAGUUUAAUUUUAAUGUGUAACAUUCGCGUAAACAUAAGAAAUACUUACUUGUUCAGCAACUCAUACUUUUGCGGUACCAUUAACUGUGGAAUAGUUUACCUGCAUACGAGUUCGGCGAGCGUUAAUAAGUACCUGUUGUUUUCGUAACUCAUAUGGAUGCCAUGUGGCCAGUUCUGAGCAUAAACUACCCUAUGUGUAACUAUCUUUUGGUAGGUACCUAGUACAUCCUUUUGUCCAUAUGUUACAAUAAAAUAUGCUGUAGUAAAUGGUAAGUCCAAUUCUAGUUGUUAAUCAGAGCACACCUAGAGAACAAGUCGAUGAUCGGAUGUAAUGUCUUAAUUUGCUUAUAAACACAAACAAUGUCUCAGGACAGGUUUAUGGGAAUGGUCAAUGUAAUGUUAAUUAGUCAUUUUAAGGUCAUCUACUCACUUUAGUUGACAUAAAAUAGCAACAAUGUUGAAUUAUGCCUGAUCUAUAAAACAGAAAA